AUGGGCGUCCUAACGAUCCUCAAGAGACAAGUGUCGACCGAAGACGACAACACCCCUUAUGUGUGCGAUAGUUUUGGCUGUUACGAAUACUCCCGUACCGCUUACGCCGUCAAAUGGGCCAUCAUCGCCGCCAUCUUCCUCAUCUUCUCCCUCUACUUCAUCGGCGGAUAUCUGCAUGCUCAGCGGAGGAUGAAGCGGGGUCUUCCUCCCCUGGCAUACCAUAGGUGGCUCGUCACGCGCCGUCAAAAGGCCGCCUUCGUCCACUCCCACCCCCAGUAUGCCGGCCAGUUUUCAUUCUAUCGAGCACAACAGCAGGCCGGGUACGGACACGGACACGGGCACGGCCAGGCAUACCAGAUGGGCGGGAUGUAUGGGCAUGGGCCGCCGCCGCCCGCGUACAACGAGCCAGAAUACGUCCCGCCGUACAGUGGACCGAACAAGGUCGACCCGGACCAGCGGUAUAGCCCGCCGAGUGGACCGCCUGGCGCUGCGACGGCCACAACGGCCACGAACGCUCCAGUCGCGCCAGCGCCGGCCAGGGUGGCUUCGUGA